AUGUCGGGCAACGUCACCCGCGCGCACCACCCCGCGUUUUCCUCGGUGCCUAGAGCCGCCCGUAUCGCCGCCGCCAAAGGCGCCGACUUGUGGCGCGACGAGUCCAUCUGCCCGAUCCCGUCGCUCAAUUGGAAGGACGCCGCGGCGGGGCGCUCCGCCACUAUUACUGCAGCGGCGGCGGUGGCGGCGGCAGGGGCUUCGGCGGCGGACGGCAGCGGCGGAGCAGCACUGGUGAUGUCCGAGGUGUGUCCCAUCCCCCCUGUGCUCUGGCGGGCGCCGCCGCGCGUGCAUGAAUCGCUUCUCCGCGGGCCGCCGAACGCCAUGGGCGCCUCACCCCCCGCCCACGUCGCCCACGUCGCCGUGUCGCGCGGCGGCGGCGUCAGAAGCCGUCGCAUAAUGCCCCGAAGCUGCAGCCUCGACGACAGUCCCGGAGACGGCGGCGGCGGCGCGGGCGCGACAUCGCUGUUGAAGCCCAACUGGCCGUUGGGACGGUCGAGCAGUGUCGACGACGUCAUCCCCCCUUCCGACGCGCAUGACGCAGCGAGCCCAAUCUUCCCCGCAAGCAGCAGCGGCGGCGGCGGCGCGUUCGCGAGCAGCGGCAGCAGGGGCCACAGGCGGCGGCACUCCGCCGUCCCCGAUCUGGGGCGCAGCAGCGUCACCUGCGGCGUCAGCGACAGCGGCGGGCUCGCGGCGGGCAGUACUGCUGGUAGUGCUGGUGGUACUCGUACCGCCGCGGGCGAUGCCAGUCUUGCCGCUGCUGCAGCUGCCGUCGCCAGCAGUGCGAGUGGUGGAGCGAUCGCUGCAGGCCCGGCGGCGCUGGCGGGGCAUCCGCGGUGGAACCCGCUGCAUCGAGGAGGCAGUGUGGGGGUGGGCGGGCACACGGCACGAGACCACUCUCCCGCGCGUCACAGUCGCCUCAUCUGCAUGCGGCAGGCAGCGGGGCACGGCCGGCGCAGCAGCUGGGACGGCGCCACCAGCACCACCACGCGCAACGUGGGGCAGUGGCGCGGGGCAGUAGCAGCGGCCAGCAGCUCCUGUGAGGCUGUGGCAGUGGCGGCGGCGGCGGCCCGCACAGGCGCUGCUGCUUGCGUGGAUUCCGCGGCAGGCGGGUCCCCCUUCUCCACGCCUAAGCUGCGCGCCAGUGCUGCUGCACGCCAUGGGGGCACCCAUGGCGCUGCUGCGCACAUGCAGGGCGAGGGGAAGGGGGAGCGGGAGGGAGCGCGGGAGGGAGCGCGGGAGGUGCAGCGGGAGGGGGAGCGAGAAGGCGAGGGAGUAGGGGAGAGUGAUGCGGAGGAGUGUUUGUCACAGUGCCUGAACUGGGAAGGUGUGGAGCAGCUGUGUGAGAGCAUGCAGGCAGCAGGCAUUGCCAUUGACAGUAUCGACAUCAUCGCACUGCCCCUCGCCCCCUCAGCCACCCACUCCCAUGCCCGCGCUGCUGCCAUGCCCCCACCGCCACCCACUGCACUGCCAACCCUAGACUCCGUGCAUGCAGCAGCAGGAAAGCCACCAACGCCAGGUGCAGCUCUCGCCGCCGUGUGUGAGCCUGCUGCUGGGGCGCUGAAGCCUUGCUCUCUGCACCCUCUACGCACUGCUGCCUGCACCGGCCCUGCCUUCCACCCGCCUGCAGCAGCAGCGGGAGCAGUGGCGGUUGGAGCAGGAACGGCGGCAGGAGCAGGAGCGGGUGGGUACAGGGUGUCGCUGGCAGUGCGGUUUUGUGGCAUGUCCACAUGGUACCACCCAGGGGACAACACCACCACACCCGCCUUCCAGCACUGA